UAAAUAAAAAUAGAUUCUCCCAAAAAUGGGAGGGGGGUCCUGAUCCAGUUGAACCCCACAAGUCACAAUACUCGGACACUCGAUUCUGAUUGGCUACCAGUGAGGUGCAGAUAACAAUGCCUGUACCGGCAAAACAGGGUAGAAAGAGAGGGGCAGGGGGCUGACUGGUUCAAAAGAGGAUAUUUAAUUUGACACUUUCUAAUUUCUAUUAGCACCCAGCCACCAGGGGAGCAUUGUUAGGACAAAAAGACAUCAAUUUUCUCACAUAACCGCGUAAACGUCUCCACCCUAUCACAAACUUCUUCUCUCAUUCCACUGGACAAGUCUCCCUACCCCACCCCUUUUCUCUCUCUCUCUCUCUCUCUCUCUCUCUCUAUAAUAUUUAUAUAUAUACCUCAUGUCCAUUAUAGACAGCAGCAACAACAACAACAAAAAUAGAAGGUACGAGAAAUGGAGGAUUCCCCACCAGGUUUUCGCUUCUACCCAACUGAAGAAGAGCUAGUUUCUUUCUACCUCCACAACAAGCUAGAAGGGAAGAGACCAGAAAUCAAACGGGUCAUCCCAGACCUCGACAUUUACGACAUAGAACCCUGGCACCUUCCAAAGCUUUCAGGAGAGCGGUGUAAAGAGGACACUGAGCAAUGGUUUUUCUUUGCGCCAAGACAGGAAAGGGAAGCUAGGGGAGGAAGACCCAGCAGAACUACUGUUUCUGGGUACUGGAAGGCAACAGGCUCUCCUGGCUAUGUGUAUUCAUCGGAUAACCGGGUGAUUGGAGUGAAGAAAACCAUGGUUUUCUAUAAGGGGAAGGCUCCUACUGGAAGGAAAACCAAGUGGAAGAUGAAUGAAUACAGAGCCAUUGAAGAAGUAACCAGCCCAUCUAGCACUGUUGUUCCCAAGUUGAGGCAUGAAUUCAGUUUGUGCAGAGUGUAUGUGAUAUCAGGAACCUUCCGUGCAUUUGAUCGACGCCCAGAAAUGUCAACAAGAAAAACACAACAAGAACAUCCCAGUGACGGGGCUGGAACAUCUUCUCAGAACGCUACAAUGGUGGAGAAAACAAGCUCAUCUGAAACUUCUUACUCGGGAGGAGAACAUGCUGAUCUCCCAGAGACUUUAGGAAGCAUUACCUGGGAGCUAAAUGAUGGUUUAGAACAACCUCUAUGGGAAUGGGAACAACUGAAUUGGCUUUAAGUCAGGCCAUGAGCAGACCUGCAGACCUGUUGACGAAGCAAGCAAUAGAAUAGCGCUUACUUUAGAUGUACUAGAUUCUUUAUUUCUUUUUCUUAUAGAAAGAAGGGUAAUAGUGAAUAGAUCAUGUAAAUAAACAUAAUUCUUGUGGGACAACCGAAGCUAGGAAUAACCUGCAGGAUGUGAGGGAAGUUUUGGGCGUAGAUUGCAUGUUGACAACCUCCAACUUUAAUAAAAUUUGAAAAUGGCAUCACCUUUUCUCUCUCCCA